AUGGGGGCCAACUGCGUUUCCCAUGGAAAACCGUGCGGCCAGCCGGGAGAAGCUUAUCGUUCUCCACGAACGCCCAAGGACGAGGAUGAUGUAUCCAGGCUAACGAUGUGGCAACAUGAUGUGGAGGCCCUGAAGGAGGAAGCCUUGAAGCGCCAACAGCGGCGAGAGCAGGAGGCCGCAGCGCGGCAGGCUCGGAUCGAAGCUGCAGAGAAGGUGGCUGAUGAGGCCCAAAGGCCGCGGCAGGUCAAUGGAGGUGGAACUCUUCCAAUGCAGACGGCGCAGACGAACAAGGCAAGCCGUGAGCAGCCCCAGGAAAAUCCGCACUCUUCGAAGCAAGAGGGCGACAGAAGGGACGCGGAGACAACGAAGGCUGCCAAGGAGAGCGAGGUGACGAAGGCACACUCUGCUGCGUCGGGAUCGCCAGUUCUACCUCUUGGCGCGGUCACAAGCAGGACACAGUCACCGGCGGUAGAGGUGAAGGACGUCGACGAGGUUCUCAGCAAAGCUCAGGAUCCGUCUCAGGUGCGGUACCUUUUGGAGGUUAAAAUCGUAUCGGCGGUGAAGCUGCCAGAGGCUGGCGACAGACCCUUUGUUGUGGGACUCGCUAGGUGCAACAACCCUGUCAAAUUCCGCACCAAGAGUUCGAGCUCCAGGGAUAAAGCAGUCUGGAACCAGGCUUCCAAGCUCCAGAUCGGUCGUGGCGACUUCCUCACCUUCCGAGUUCAAGAUGCGGAUCUGGAUGACACCGCAUCCUUCUUCGCGAAGGCCACACUCGACUUCGACCGCAUGGUCCCAUCAGGCUUCGAGGAUGAGAUACCGCUGGAAGAUAGCUCCGGCAACCAGGUUCCGGGUGGAGGAAUCAAGGUUCGCGUUCGUGUACAGGGCGCAUUUUCUGCCACAGGACAAGAGGCUUGA